UCUUUCUCUUUCCAGUUUUCCUGCUCGGAAUACAGGAUAUACAGUGACUGACGGUGUGAUCGAGCCAUAGGCGGUCGCCAUGGGCCAGAAGAUGGGCAAGCAGCGCUCGGCGGACAUCACGCCGGCGCCCAAGGACAAGGUGAAACGACGCAAGAGCAAGCGUGAGGCCGCCAACGGGGACACCCAGGGCACCAUCACGCCCACAGGUGACGGGGUGGUCGCCGCCGCCACUGCCGUCCAGAAGGGCACGCAGGAGACCGAAGUGCCUCAGGUCGAUAAGCCCGUGGAGAAGGUUGAGACCGCCACCAAGGAGGUUAUCACAAACGGCACCGCCGACGCUCCGGAGGCCAAGCCAGUGCCAAACGGCACGGCCGAGCCUGUAGCCGAGAAGAUCGCAGAACCCGCGCCCCAGGAACCCGCGGCCCCCGCCCCGGCAGCCACGGAAGCCAAGCCAGCCGAAGAAGUCAAGCCCGCGGAGGAGCCCAAGCCCGUCGCCGAGCCGCCCGCUCCUGAACCUGCAGCGGCGCCAGCUCCCGUUGAACAGAAGCCCGAAGAGCCCAAGCAGCCCGAACCGGAAGCCGCUCCCGCUAAGGUCGAGGAACAGCCAGCGGCGGCGGAGCAGGCUAAGCCUGCCGAGGAGGAAGUUAAGGUAGCAGAAGAGGCACCGAAGGAACCCAUUCCAGCGGCUGCCGUAGAACCGGCCAAGGAAGAGUCUGCGCCAGCACCUCAAGCACCCGCCACAGACGCUCCCGUGGCCGAACCGGCAGAAACGAAGGCUGAGCAGCAGCAGCAGCCCGCCGCAGAAGUUGUCGUUCCCGCUGCCGAGGUCGUCUCUCCCCUCCAGGACUCCGGGUACCUCGAGCCACAGCCGACCGAGGUCGUGCUCGAAAAGGCCCUAGCCGAGGCAGAGCAACAGGCCGCCCCGGCGCCUGCUGCCGCGGCCCCAGCCCCCGCCGAAGAAAGCAAACCGGCCGAGGAACAGCAGCCCUCCUCUGCUGAACCCGCCGAGUCCAAGGAUCUCGACCUCCCGGCUGUCACGGAACUGCCCGCCGUGGAACCGCCAACCUCGGAGGUGCCGAUGGCGGCGCCGGCCGUUCCCGAGGCGCCCGCGACAGACGCGGCAGCCACGGAGUCCCCGUCCAGCGAAGCCCUGGAGGCUGAGCCCGAGAAGGCGCCCGAGGUUGCCAGCCCCGUCGCCGAGCCGCCGGCUGAACCCGCUGCUCCCACAGAGGCCCCCGCCCCCGCCGAGCAGACCUGUCCUGCGGAGUCAAGGCCCGAAGGAGACGCUGCCCCCGAUGCCAAAGCCGAGAGUGCGAGCGCCGAGGCUCCUAAGGUGGAGGAGUGAACCACGGGGAACCUUUGUCAUCGCCCCACGCGCGGAAUCUAGAAAGCUCCCGAGCCCCGCUGACCAUGUUGUGGCUUUCGUUCUGUAAUCACGUUCUCGGGUGGGAAAAGACUCCUUGUGUGAGGGGAGGAGGGAUUAGGGGAGGGGUUCUUGUGCCCGCUGCGCCCUCUGGUGGCCGGCGACGACGGGAAUUGUUGGACUUUAGUUGAAGCACGAUUGCGAUGAUGCUGACGGAUAAAGUGGCACGCUGUAGUUCCGUGUCCGAAGAUUUCGCACGGGCCACACAACCGCCGGAAGCCUUCGGAGCGGGACUCGGGCGGCAACUGUGUGCCAGGUCGUGCCAUUCGUGUGAAGUGGGUUGGGGAAAGGGGAAUGGCCGAGCAGUGACGUCACGUGGACCGAAAACUGCACGGUGUGCGUAGCGGGUAAAGAAGGCAGGGCACUCUACGCGCUGGUGUUGUACACAUUUGACUUGUCGCUUGUCUGUUUGAUUUCAGCGUUCUCGCAACACAUUCUUCUUAUCGUGUCAUGUGGUAGUUGAGCCGAAACGUCAACCGUCGCUCUCACGAGUCCCCGACUAAUCCUAUCCGCGAAGAAAACUUUCGGUGCGGUCACCACGAUGAGGUCUGUCGAUAGUGCAAUUGCUGGCACUUGACACCUCUGGAUAGUCGGUCCCCCCUGUUCCCUUGAUAGCUUUUUCGUCAGUGAGUCCGCACUUUUUAUUAGUCCCGUUAUCGCGGAUACUAGUGUGCCAUGGUGAAGAUGACGUGUUAGUUGUGUUCUUUCAGUUCACUUUUGCCACGUAGUUACGUUUCCAAUGCUCCUUUACGCAUUAUUUAACCACUCAGCUUUAUAUAAGUACGCCGAUGGGAGUCUCGCCAUCGUGUUUCUAGGUCAGUGUGUGUACGUGUACGCGAGAUCAAGUUGCAGCGAGACCCUCGAUGAUCAAAAGACUUGUCUCUGCAGACUCGGCCGCCGCCAUAACUGCAUCCGCCAGUCGCUGUUCGUUUUUGCCUUUUAAGAAAAAUCUUGUACGGACAGAGGUCGCAGUGUUAUGUGCCAAUCAUCUCGUACUAGCCCGAACGUGGUUGCAGUUUUUUCCGCGACCGUCGUCUUCAUAUCUCGGGGCAUUGUGCCCGAGAGCUUUUUGCCCAGAAUGCACAUGCGUGCCGAGGUGUUACCUUGAGAACAGUGUAGUUUGGUCUUUCGUCGCUAGAGUUUACCAUACUGUGUCGUUUUAGCAAUCGUCGCUAUCCCCCGUCAAUGAUGUCCAUUGCCAAGGGCGGAUCCCAGAACGUGGAAGAACCGUUUGGUGAUGCCGCAAUUGCCUGGCGUGCUCACAGGUCGGUGCUUUUUCGGAUGUCGGAGUGACCACGUUCGUCAGCGUAGUCAGGAUUUUUGGACGGCUGCAUUUCUCUGUGCAACAUUGCUGCGCUAUCACUUCAAAUAGCUAUAGCUGCACUAUCGGUCGACCAGCAGCACUUGGCUGGUUGAUAAAUUUCUUUGCCAAGCCUUGGCAGCACAGUUUCAGUGUCACGUGAUAGCAGUUCCUCUCUGGCUUCAGGGUACCUUUGCUGCGAGAUGCCUAGGUGCUUUCAAGACGCCCAGAACGUUUUCUUCUUCUUCUUUGGCGCGGCGGAGCUUCGACUUCUUUGCACACUUUCAUGGGCCGGCUUUUUAGGCCUAUUUGUACGCGCCCCCUGGCGGUAUUUCUCAGUAGCUCGUUUGUACUUUUCACAAAGCUCGUUGAGCCAGGGCUGCGAGAUACCAGUCUGGCCGUGCGACUUCUUCUAAGCACUAUAGCGUUGUCCAUCUCGUCUGGCUGCAAUUUUUUUUUUGAUGCCUUUUAACGUGAGUUUUUGACCGUGUUUUGCAGACACUUCUUUCCGCCCUCCAAUGUUUAUACUCUGAAUAAACUUCUGAUACAAACUUUUCA